AUGACGACCCAGAAGUCAUCAGAGAUUCCAAAAACUGCCGAGGAUGCUAACUACGAAAUUGACGUUCAGGAAGAUAGUGAUCACCCUAUCUUUAAAAUUAAGUACAGAUCCAACUCCGUAAUUAGUAUCGGAGCUCUUUCAGAUGGAUCCAGUUACGAGAACUUGCCAACUGUCAAGGUUCUAGGAACCGGGGGUACUAUUGCAUCGAAAGGUACGUCCUCGCAUCAAACUGCGGGCUACGAAGUGGAUUUGACUAUUGAAGAUCUUAUUCAGAGUAUCCCAGACUUAUCGACUACUUGUAAUUUGCAAUAUGAACAAGUCUUGAAUCUUGAUUCCAAAGAUAUUGGAACAUCUGAAUUAUUAACGUUAUACCAAAAAAUCCAGGAAGAUUUGCCUAAGUACGAUGGUAUAGUCAUUACUCACGGUACUGAUACUAUGGAAGAAACCUCAUUUUUCUUGCAAUCAACGUUACGUACAAGUAAGCCAAUUGUGAUGUGUGGUUCUAUGCGUCCCUCUACUGCCAUUUCUUCGGAUGGUCCUAUGAACUUGUAUCAAGCAAUUGUUAUUGCGGCUCAUAGAGACUCUAGAGGUAGAGGAGUGUUAGUUGCACUUAAUGAUAGAAUCGGAGCAGGUUUCUAUAUCACCAAAUCUAAUGCUAAUUCGUUGGAUACCUUCAAAUCAAUCGGUCAAGGAUAUGUAGGAAGUUUCGUGAAUAAUGAAGUCCAUUACUUUUUCCCUGCUGCUAGGCCUCUAGGCAUAACGUAUUUUAAGCUAUCGAAUCCUUCUGUGUUGGCUGAUUUACCAGAGGUGCCAAUCAUUUUUGCUCAUCAGGGUUUGAAUAAUAAAAUCAUAGAGCUUACAAUCAAAGAAUUAGGUGCAAAAGGGUUGGUGUUUGCUACUAUGGGUGCAGGAUCAAUGGCAAAGGGAACAAAUGAAUUUGUUUGCAAACUAUCGAAACAGUAUAGCAAUAUACCAAUUAUCUAUUCCAAAAGAUCUAUGGAUGGUAUGGUACCAGUGGGAUCAUUACCAAAGAUUUCUGAUGAAACAGGAAAACCAAUCGACUACAACAACGCCAUUGCUAGUGGAUAUUUAAACCCUCAAAAAUCAAGAAUUUUGUUACAGUUAUGUCUCAGUGAUGGUAUGGAAAUUAAUGAGAUUAAGAGGAUCUUCAAGGGAGUAUACGGUGGUUGA